UUGGCUGUCCCUGGAACCAGAUCGAUACCCAGAAGAUACUUGGAGAGAACUUGGAUAGAUAUAUACACAUAAGCUUGCAAAACUAGGCUUGAAAGCUUGAGAGAAGAGCUGUUAUCUCAAGAUUUCUGGUCAUUCCAAUUCUGAACAGAUACAACAUUUCAGGUUCUCAAAGGAUUCGCUUUGAGCUUGAUUGGGGUGGUUCUAAGUGGAGGCUAGAUAAGCAGCCGCCUGCCUGCAGGACCACAUAUUAAAGAGUACCCAUUGGACAGCAUUCAGACAGUUCUGAUCAUCCAAUGACAGACCAGUCCUGAUCAGCUCCUUCUAGGUUUGGAGAUUCUGCUCACCUAUUUACUCCUCCAAGAAGGUGCCACAAUUUGGGUGUGGUGACGGUUUUUGGCUUUUAGAGAUAGGUCAGAUCUUUGUGUGCCAGCUGCAACAGCACUUCUGUUGAAGCAUCCCUGCAAGCAAUGACAAGGAUUCUGGGACACAUUUGGAACAUAAGGUCUGUUUCUGCUAAGUAACGUGCAGCAAGAAAGGAACUCCAUUUGGAGGAAGAAAUGACAGAGGCACUGGUCAGAAUCAGCAAGAGAGCAAUGUGAACAGUCACUAACUUUCGUCUUUGACUACAGCAUCCAGGCCUCCACAGCAUGAUCUAAAUUUGGUUCUAAAAGGGAAUGAAGAUUCGGAGAGGGAAGUGCCUUUCAUAUUUUAUCCAAAUUGGUUCACCUGUCAUUUAGACACCUUUCUUUAGACCAGACUGUUGGUUUAGAGGUAGAACCAUGCUGGAAUGCUCCAGUUCCAACCUUCUUCCAAGAUUCCUCAGAAUCUUAUGGCAAGAGCCUUGUAUGAUAAUGUCCCAGAGUGCGCAGAGGAGCUGGCCUUCCGCAAAGGAGACAUUUUGACAGUGAUAGAACAGAACACUGAAGGACUGGAAGGAUGGUGGCUCUGCUCUUUACAUGGCCGACAAGGCAUUGUUCCAGGCAACCGGGUGAAACUUUUGAUAGGCCCAGUACAGGAUAGUCCAUCUAACCAGGACACCUCCAAUUCAAGAUCAAUGCAUCAUGCCUAUAACCAGCAGAAAGUCUACCAAAUGCCUAGCUCACAGGCUUCAACUUGGGAACCGGUAUACCAGGUGCCACCUUCCCAUCUGAAUCAGGGUAUCUAUCAGGUACCUACUGGCCAUGGUCUGCAGGAGCAAGAUGUUUACCAAGUCCCACCAUCUGUUCAGAGAAGCUUGGGUGGUACUGAUGGUUCACCUUUCAACACCAAGGUAGUAACUCCAGUCAGGACAGGACAAGGUUAUGUUUAUGAGUUCCCUUCCAAAUAUCAGAAAGAUAUCUACGAUACCCCUCCAGUUCGUCCUUCCCAAGGGAUAUAUGACGUUCCCCCUGCAUCAGUUAAGGGGCCGGUGCAUCCAGUCCCAAUGGAAGAGGCAAGAGCUCAAGGGGUGUAUGAUAUACCUCCUAUAAAAGGAAUCUAUGAUGUUCCUGCAUCUGCAUGCAGAGAAGAUACAGGGCUGAGGGAAAACUUGCUGGAUUUCCCUUCUUCGGUGAACCAUAAUGCAAGACUAGAAGGAGUCUAUGACAUCCCUCCUCCCACUACCAAAGAACUUAGCAAGAAAUUUACUGCUGAUGUAUCUCUACCUAAUGAUUUAUUGUCAUGCAAACAUAGCCUGUAUGACAUUCCAGUGAGCCAUCAAAAUCAAUUUCUUGGUCAGCAGAUUGCUCCUCAGAAGGAUGUAUACGACACCCCUCGUGGAGUUCCAUUUCCUGGACAGCAAUCGGGAUUCAGCAAAAGUCUAAAUCCAGAGGGAAGGGAAGGUGUGUAUGAUGUGCCACCACAGACUACACAAGACACUAAAGGAUUGAAAGAUGUGACAGAUGGGAUAAAUAGAUUGUCUUUCUCCAGUACAGGCAGCACCAGGAGUAACAUGUCUACAUCUUCCACAACUUCAAAGGAGUCUUCUCUUUCAGCCUCGCCUUCACAGGACAAACGAUUAAUACUGGAUCCAGACACAGCCAUAGAGAGACUUUAUUGGCUUCAGCAUACAGUGGAGACUGUGGUCUCUAAUCUCAUGGCCUUUGUUAACACAGACUGGCGGUCUUAUGGGUACAUGGAGAAAAAUAUCAAUGAAAUCCACACUGCCGUGGAGAAAGUAGAGCAGUCGUUGGUGGAGUAUCUUCAGUUUGCAAAAGGAGCAACAGCCAAUGCUUCCUGUCUCUCAGAAAUCAAUCUCUAUAACAAAAUGAAGAGGGAGCUGCAGAGACUGGAGGAUUCUCACCAGAUCUUAACCCAGACUAGCCAUGACCUGAGUAGCUACAACUGGUCAUUGAACAUCUUGGCAGUCAACAAACCCCAAAACAAAUGUGAUGAUCUAGACCGAUUUGUUAUGGUGGCGAGGACAGUCCCAGAUGAUGCCAAGCAGUUGACCACCACUAUCAGCAUCAAUGCAGAGAUGCUAUUCAAACAGGUAUCCGGCAGCUCACGUUUAAAGAAUGUUUCAGAGAACAUUAUAAAUACAACUGACUAUGCAUAUAACAGUCCCCAGAAUCAGCUGUUACAUCAGAGGGAGAAAACUCAGGACCACGGCAGUUCUUUGCCCCCAUUUCUGAAUAAAGACCAGCAUCCCCCUGGUUUCACUAAUGAGGGCUCUGAGAAGAGCUGGAUGGAUGAUUAUGAUUAUGUUCACCUACAGGGAAAAGAGGAGUUUGAAAGACAACAGAAAGAGCUUCUAGAAAAAGAAAAUAUCAUCAAGCAGAACAAGAUGCAGCUGGAACAUCAUCAGAUCGAUCAGUUCCAGCAACUGGAGCAAGAGAUCACAAAGCCUGUGGAGAAUGACAUCUCAAAAUGGAAGCCGCCUCAGAAUCUUCAAACUGCAAGCAGCACUGUGGGCUCUCAAGACAGAGAGCUGCUCUUCUUUUAUUCUGACCAGUGCGAGACUCAUUUCAUUUCUCUCCUAAAUGCCAUCGAUGCCUUUUUUAACUGUGUUAGUGCUGCUCAGCCACCAAGGAUGUUCGUCGCUCACAGCAAGUUUGUCAUUUUAAGCGCUCACAAACUGGUGUUCAUUGGGGACACGCUCACAAGGCAAGUGACUACUCAGGAUAUCCGCAGCAAAGUGAUGAACUCCAGCAACCAGCUGUGUGAAUUGCUAAAGAACAUUGUUAUGGCAACCAAGAUGGCUGCUUUGUAUUAUCCCAGCCCAGCUGCCCUGCAGGAGAUGGUCGACCGAGUAACAGAACUGUCUCAUCACGCACAGCUGUUUAAACGCUCUCUGGUACAGAUGGCAUCAUUCUGAAACAAACAAAAUGGAAUCCAAUCAAUGGACAAUCAAAUGAUUUUAAAAAACUGGAAAUAUGUCCUAGUUUAUGUAAAUAUUAUCAAUUUUUGUAAAUAUUUUAUAUGAAAUAUUUUAAAUACAUUUUUAUGGAUUAGAAAAUCUAAAAUUCAGGGAUCUGGGGGUAUAUCUGUUUCCCUAUUAUGUUUUUAAUAUACAUAUAUAUAUGUAUACACUGCAUAUAUGUAUAUGUUGCUACAUUCCAUAAGACACCAUUAUGUAAGCACCUUAAAAGUAUGCAUCAGUUAAAUGGUGCAUAUCACUGUAUAUACUGUCCGGUUUUCAAUAUAUCCGUUAAUUGGAUGCUGCACUCCCUUUUUGGGGGGCGUACUAUGUAUUUUGCUUCAACUUAAAUGUGGCACAUGGACAAGGCUGUCAAAUCUUAUUUGUAGCAAUUCACGAUGUAGAUGUAAUAGUUCUAAUGGAACCCCAAUCCCUUCCCAGAACCUACUCGAUUUGAAUUAAUUUAGUAAAAAAUUAACUGUACCCUUAAUUUUAUUUUGCAUACAGAAGUCAGUCAUUUUGAGCAGUGUAUAUAUAAAAGUUACAUAACAGACAAUAAACCCAGGCUCAAACCAGCAGGGCAAAAAUCAUCCUCAGAUAGCAUGAUAGACAGAACCUCCUCACGAGGAGCAGGAAGGAUUGUAUAUAUUUUAAAAUCUUAAUGCCACCAAAUAUUUAAAAAACCUGGAAGAAUUCCCAACAAUAUAAAUUCACAUAUGUUUAUCCCACCUUUCCUUGCAUUUGCAAAUAAUUAUAUCUGUCAGACUUUAAAGAUUUUUUUGUUUGUUUUUUGCAGACCUAGGGACUUACUCAGAGUUGCUGAAUGUCCCUAAAUCUUGCUGACAUCAGUGGAUUCUGAAGGUACACAACAUCUCACAAGAUCAGGCUUAAUGAAAAUGCAUGGCAUCAUAAUUCCCCAUGAAAAGGCUUAAUUUGCCAUCAAUUUUGGAACAUCUGAUUAGAGCAUCUGUAAUUUUACAGGAGAAAAUAGCACUUAUCUCUAGGACAAAUUCUUAUGAAUCAUUUGCACUUUUGCAGCUCUGAGCUUCACUCAGAUUUUGGACUUUUUCCAUAUUUUCCUUCCUGACCUACGGACACCCCAUGGGUCUCCUGGGCUACAUAGUCACCAAAGCAACACCCUAUAUUUAAAGGGGUAAUUCCAUAUGUCGCAGACACAACAAUGGUGUGACCACAGGUCACAUUACAUGACCACUCUUAACUGUGGAGUUGUGGCAGUCAGGCUCCAGGGAAUGAGCUCCAGGUGAUGCUUAGUGGACUUGUGAUUUAAAACAAAAAUAUUGUUACCCAAGUUUCUUUGUGAUAAUUCAGGCUACAGUCCCAAAUCUUUAUGUAUUCUGAGUUUUUGCAAAGAGACCAGCCUGGUGGUAAAUACAAAAUCACACCAUGUAGAAUACCUAGUCAGGAGGCACUUAAGUAAAAUCUUUCUUCACAAAAGGAUGUCUGGUAUUUUUGUUCCAGCCUAUGUCUAAACACAUUCUCCAGUGCAUGCCUCAUUGCAGUGCAUUUGUUUAUCUUGGAUAACAUAACUGGUUAACCAGCAAAUGAAGUUAUGCUUUCCUAAUACAUUGCCUCAGAGUGAUGACUGCUCAUCACUAAGAGUUACCAUAAUGUUGUUUCCAGAGCGCUCUCAUUAAAACCAGUGGGAGUUCUGAGAGACUUCAGCAGCAACAGAAUCAUACCCAGCACUUGCAUCAGAUAUAAUAUUGAAAGCUCUUCUCCAUUUUACAAGAGGAGAGGAAUAAUUAUCCCAGCGUAAACAAAAUAGGAUUGCCAAAAAAUACCAAAGAAUCCACUUGAACCUGUUUUGUAUUUGUGUUAUUUGGGAUUUUUCUAUUUUUUUUCCAUUGUAAUAUUUUUAGAAAGUGACAAAGUGUUUUAAACUUUAGCUAUAAUGUCAAUCGCUUUUGAGUUUUCAAAAGGGGGAUUCCUUUUAUGGCAAACUUAUGUUACUGUUUACUUGUUACGUGUAGCAAGUAUUUUUAAAAUCAUUAAAUAUACAAAGCUUUUUUUUUUU